ACACUAUAUUUCUGUAUUAUUCUGUAAAAAAGAGUCCGGUAAAUCUAAAAGUUGUUGUUUCUUAUCUCCAGCGAGUAUUUCAUAAUGUGCAUAAAACACAUUAAUACAAACUUGCACACUUGUAUAGAGCUACAGCUUGUGUCACUCCUGUGAUAAAAAGGCCAUAUUUCCGACAGCACGUGAACGCAGCGUAAUCUGUGUGCAGACAGAUGUCGUCAACUCUCCGCACUCAGAUCUGGAAGAGGAGGGAUCUAAAAUCUGAACUCCUGGAUCUGACGGACGCUAGCUACCGAGGUGGAUCUUUCCCGUACCACAAUUCAAGAUGUCCAGAAUUCAGGAUGUCCCAUAGUUUUAACUCUCUGUCACACUUUUAGUUGUAGCUACUCCUUCUUCGGACGCGCAGUAGUUAAAAAAAAAAGAAAGUGAAGUUUAGCGUCUCUUCCCGGAGGAGAAGGAGCUCUCCUGGUCGGUCCAUUUUGGAGUAAACUCCAUCCAUGCUCCGCUCGGCGUCGGCGAGGACAAGAUCCACGGGGGAUGUGAGUUUUGUUCAGCUAAAAGAGCAACUGACAAAAAAAGUUGAGGUUCCCUGAAGAGGAAAGCUCAAAGUCCUCAUGUGGAUUUGAGCCGAAGUUAUGAAAAUGACCGGAGCCAUGGAAACUUCUUUCAAACUGGCUUUGAAGAAACCGCCCUCGCUGCGGACCGCAGAGGACCUGCACACCAUCUACUGCCACCUUUACCACAUGGACGUCCUCUCUCACCUUAGGGAACAUCAGCUAAGGUCGAUGUGCACCUCGGCCAGAUAUGAGAGACAUGAGGCCAACCACAUCUUGUUCUUCCCAGACACCAUCGCUACCUGUUGGUACAUCCUGCUCUCUGGAUCAGUCUUCGUCAAGGAGCACAUGUACCUGGCAAGGUGCUGUUUCGGUAAGCAGCUGGGGGGCAGACGAGGCUGUGAAUGCAUCACUUUGGAGCCGUCAGAAAUGAUUGUGGUGGAUAACGGCAGCGAGGGGGACGACAGUUUUCUGCAGAGAGAGGGAUCACAGCGGAGGUCCAGACGACGCUUCAGGAGGGUCAACCCCAGAGGAGAGCGGGAACUGAUCACAGACGGCCAAGAACCCACCGGCCACAACACGGAUUAUGUCAACAACCAGCUUCCUGCUGACCUCAAUAAGAUGCACCUAACAGACCACGCCCACCAGCAGGUGAUGCACAUGGCUCCCAGCCAAUCAGGAUGCAGCAUCGCCAGCGACUCUGGAAGUAGCAGCUUAUCAGAUAUUUACCAGGCCACAGAGAGUGAGCUGGGAGAUGUGGACCUGUCUGGACUUCCAGAGGCUGCAGUGGACAGCGAGGAAGAGGAGGAGGAAGAUGAGGACCUGGAGAGAGCUUCAGACACUCUUCUGGGUCGGGACUUAGUCAGGGAGUGUCUGGAAAAAGACCCAGCCGAUCGCAAUGAUGACGACAUUGAGCAACUACUGGAGUUCAUGCACCAGUUGCCUGCCUUUGCCAACAUGACCAUGUCCGUGCGCAGAGACUUGUGCAGCGUCAUGGUGUUUGAGGUGGUGGAGCAGGCCGGCACAGUCAUACUGCACAACAAACAGGAGCUGGACCUCUGGUAUGUUAUCCUCAACGGAGCCGUGGAGAUCAGCCAUCCGGAGGGAAGAGUGGAGACUCUUUGCAUGGGCAACAGUUUUGGCAUCUCACCCUCAUUGGACAAACAGUAUAUGAACGGAGAAGUCCGCACCAAGGGCGACGACUGCCAGUUCGUCUGCAUUGCCCAGGAGGACUACUGGCGCAUCCUCAACCAUGUGGAGAAGAACACGCACAAGGUGGAGGAGGAGGGGGAGAUUGUUAUGGUGAAGGAGCACCGUGAACUUGACCGCAGUGGCACCAGGAAGGGACACAUCGUGAUCAAGGGAACCCCGGAGCGUCUGAUCAUGCACCUGGUGGAAGAACCAUCGGUGGUGGACCCCACAUACAUCGAAGACUUCCUGCUGACCUACAGGACCUUCCUGUCAAAUCCUAUGGAGGUCGGCAAGAAGCUGCUGGAGUGGUUCCAGGUGGACAGCCUCCGGGACACUGUAACCAGAAUUGUGCUGCUGUGGGUCAACAACCACUUUAAUGAUUUUGAAGGCGAUCCAGCCAUGACACACUUCCUGGAGGACUUUGAGAAACAUCUAGAAGUGACAAAAAUGAAGGGCCAUUUGCGGCUGCUGAAUAUAGCAUGUGCAGCCAAGGCUAAGUGGAGACAGAUCACUCUGCAGAAGGCAUCCAGGGAGUCGCCUCUCUACUUCAGCGUGCAGGGAGGCAGCGAGAGAGGAUUCGGCAUCUUUGUCGAGUCGGUGGAAGUAGGGAGCAAAGCUGCAGAGGCCGGGCUCAAACGGGGAGAUCAGAUCAUGGAGAUCAAUGGUCAGAACUUUGAGAACAUCUCCGUCACCAAAGCUGUUGACAUCCUUAGAAAUAACACACACCUCUCUCUCACCGUCAAAACCAACAUAUUUGUCUUCAAAGAGCUCCUCAGCAGGAUUGUGCACGAGAAGAAGAACGGCGGCCCUCACAUUCCCAAGAUUCAGGAGAAAAAAGGCAAUCGCUUCUCUAUCCCUGACCUUCCUGGAGAUAUGGAGUUCCCCACAGACCACAAGAGCACCAGGAAAAUGAAGGCCAACACUGUUUCAGGAGGACGAAACAAGAUUAGGAAGAUGCUGGAGAAGACGCGCUUCAGUAUACUACCGCCCAAACCAUUCAGUGAUGGUGGCAUGGGUCAGUCUCAGGAUGACAGCAUUGUGGGUACCAAGCAGUGUCGCCACAGUGUAGCCAUCAUGCCCAUCCCCGGCAACCUGUCAUCCAGCAGCCCCGACCUGCUGCAGCCAGCCACCAGUGUCCUUGACUUCUCAAACCCUGCAGCCCUGGGACUAUACUACAUCCCAGACCAGGUGAUCCGGGUGUUCAAAGCCGACCAGCAGAGCUGCUACAUCAUCAUCAGUAAGGACACUACUGCCAAGGAUGUGGUCGCCCACACCGUCAAUGAGUUUGGCCUCAUUGCAGCACCUGAGACCUACUCCCUGUGUGAGGUAUCGGUUAGCCCGGAGGGAGUCAUAAAACAGCGCCGCCUUCCCGACCAGCUUUCCAAACUGGCUGAUCGGAUUCAGCUUAACGGCAGGUACUACCUGAAGAACAAUAUGGAGACUGAGACGUUGUGUUCAGACGAGGAUGCCCAGGAUCUCCUCAGAGAGAGUCAGAUCUCUCUGCUGCAGCUCAGCACCAUGGAAGUCGCUGCCCAGCUCUCCAUGAGGGACUUUGAGCUCUUCAGGAACAUUGAGUCCACAGAGUAUGUGGAUGACUUGUUUAAACUAGAGUCCUCGAGGGGAAGUGGUAAUCUGAAACAAUUUGAGGAGGUGAUAAACCAAGAGACCUUUUGGGUAGCCACAGAGAUCCUGAAGGAACCCAAUGCUCUGAAGAGGAUGAAGACCAUCAAACACUUCAUCAAGAUCGCCCUGCACUGCAGAGAGUGCAAGAACUUUAACUCCAUGUUUGCUAUUAUCAGCGGCCUGAACUUGGCACCGGUGGCUCGGCUGCGGAGCUCGUGGGAGAAAUUGCCCAGUAAGUACGAGAAGCUGUUUGGAGACCUGCAGGACGUCUUCGACCCCUCCAGGAAUAUGGCCAAGUACCGCAACAUCCUGAGCAGCCAGAGCAUGCAACCACCCAUCAUCCCACUGUUCCCAGUGGUCAAGAAGGAUCUCACCUUCUUACAUGAAGGCAAUGACUCCAGUGUAGACGGUCUUGUGAACUUUGAGAAGCUGAGGAUGAUCGCCAAGGAGAUCCGACACGUGGUGCGAUUGACUUCAGCUAACAUGGACCCUGCCCUCAUGUUCAGACAGAGGAAGAAGAGGUGGAAGAGUUUAGGGUCUUUGAGUCAGGGUAGCACCAACUCCAACAUGCUGGAUGUGCAGGGCGGCGCCCAUAAGAAGCGAGUACGUCGCAGCUCGCUUCUCAACGCCAAGAAGCUGUAUGAAGACGCUCAGAUGGCCAGAAAGGUGAAGCAGUACCUGUCCAACCUGACUGUGGAGACGGACGAGGAGAAACACCAAAUUAUGUCCCUGCAGUGUGAGCCGUCCUACAGCACCUUGUCGAAGAACUUGAGUGAGAGACGAUCCACCAAGUCGGACAUGUCUCCAGUGUCUCUGCGGUCGGCUCUGCCCUCGGGGAAACCACAAAACAGAGUGUCACAAGUCCUUCAGGUCCAGGUCCCACUGAACCCUCUACGAAAGAAGAGCACUGCCAAGGACAUAGGCACACCUAACGCCAACUCUCCCCAGGUGGUGAAAAAACCUCCAGUGAACUCCUCAGAAGAGUGGAGCACCAAGAGACCAUCUGAUGACACCGUCUCCACCAUCUCCUCACUGCACUCCAGCCCCACAGUGUCGCCACAGGGCUCCCCGCGUAAAGUUGGAGGUGUGGCCAAGUCCCAGAACUCCAGCCAGAUGAACUUGUCGGGAUCUUCGUCGUCACUGACAAGCGACGCCAGCACAAAGGCCGGCCCCCGCAGCUACGGCAUAGGUUACACCCUCCUUCCAGCUGGUAAAGCAGACAACCUGUCGGACUCGAGUCACAGCGAGAUCUCCUCCCGCUCCAGUAUCUGUUCAGUUGACUCCGUGCCGGCUCCCGGGCCUGACGACAGGUGUAAUAGCAGCAACAGGACCUGUACUACUACUACUACUGCUGCUAGUGCUACUACAACUACUACCACAACACCCAUUGCGGUUGCUGAGAGCACACCAGCAAUGCAUGCACACCUAAAUGCUGAUUACAGCCAGCCGAGCACAAGUAGUUCCUUGUCAUUGGCUCGAGGAUACGUAGCACGAGCCUCUACCUUCACCUCCUCCACCUCCACAGAGGAGCUGACCCCAGAUCACACCUCUGUGGACUCUGUGGCCGACAGCGGCCGCGGCAGCUGGACGUCCUGCUCCUCCAACUCCCACGACUCCUUCCAGAGCCUGCCCACCUCCUCCUGCCGGCCCUGGGACCACGGCAUCCACGGGCAUCCACUGUCCCUCCCACACACACACCUGGGCGCCUUCAAGCACACACAGCUAACCGGGCCGAUAGCAGAGGUCGAGGCUGCCGCUCACACGUGGGCGAAUGAGGAUGCCGCCAAGCACCACUCCAGAAACUCCAGCUCAGAUCUGUCCAAUCAGUCGCGGCAGAGCUGGGCGUCUUCCAGCUCGCUGUCGGACACCUACGAGGGGAAUUAUGGGACGAUAAAGAGGCGAAACACCUCGGAGCACCCCUCCUCGCCAACCAACGAGGAAGGAGGGCAAAGCACAGACCCUGUCUACAAAACGGUGACGUCAAGCACAGAGAAGGGCCUGAUAGUGUACUGUGUCACCUCCCCCGCCAAGGAUGAGCGUUACCGAGCUCCCCCUCCCACCCCUCCAGGCUACCAGGGUCUGGCUCUGGGGGAUCUCGUCCUCACAGACGGAGUAGUAGGUGUGCCAGGAGGUCUCCUUCCCAGGCCUCCUCACCUCAAACCUCCAGACUACAGCGUGGCCCUGCAGAGGAGCAAACUCCUGCAGAGCCCUGGAGCCGCUAGCAAUCUGGCUGAGGCACGGAGGCUGGCUGCUAACCAUCACCUCCACCACCCAGAGGCCCGGACGGCUGGCUCCACGCAGGGCCACUCCAGACCGCCCAGCAUCUGCCUCCCACCACAAGAGCUCGCUGACAGUGAGGAUGGUACGUCCCCCAGGAUGGUGAAAUGAUGAUGAACAAGUGUCUGCGGUGUGAAGACGGUGAUGUCACACACACACACACACACACACACACACACAUCUUCUGUCACACGGACCAAGUCGUGUUGAUCAGGCUUUGGACUAAGCUAGCAGCCUGCAGUCACCACGUAUCAGAGCACAUUCUCCAACACCCGUCCACAAAUCUGUGUGACAUCACCACGGACCAUGACGCACCUGUGGACCAGGAGGAGUGGGUCAUGUGACCUCUCUCCACAUCCCAGGACUUGUACAAUCAUCUCUUUUUAAAUCCAUUUCACAAAAACAAAGAAGAAAAGAAAGAUUUUAGAUAACUUUUUAAAAACUCAGAGGAAGGUCGGUGUGACGGGGUCACAUCACGGUAGAUGGACAUUUAAAAAAAGGACGAAUAAAAGAAGGAAAGUAACAACGUCUCAUUAGAAGAAGUCGGCCUCCUUGGAAACAGACCACCAUGUACCUCCAUUUUGCGCUCCAAGCUCUCUCGUCUAAAGGUGUUUCACAUUGUUUUUUACAGUCUUAACAUGUACAGUGAUUUGUUUUUGUUUUUUAAAUUGAUUUUUUUUUUUCUUCUUUUCAUUUGCAUCUUUGAGCUUUGCAACGUUUUUAUGUGAGAACAGUGAGAAGGAGCAGACAAAGGGAUAGAAAGCUGUAGUGUAAUUAUUACAGGGAACAUUUGCUUGUGGGGAUUUUUUUGUACAUUUGUUUGCUGUCAGCUCAAAAGAAGAUGAAUGUAGAUAAAUAAGACAAGAAAAAAAACAAAUAAUGAGAUUUUUUUUAGGGGUGUUCAAGGGCCUCUAUCAAACCUUGGCACUGAUGAUGUAAACUUACAUAAAUAACAUCAGUUUACACACAAACAAACCAAAUCCACACACAAAAAGCUACAAAACCAACUUAAUUAAUCCCAAUAUUUACACUUUUGACUGAGCCCCUCGACAUUCAUUCUUUCAAAAAGAGAGAUUAAACCUGAACUAACAGAGAGCACGUCGGUUUGUGUUUACCACUUAUUGGACUUGGAGAAAGAAAGAAAGAAAAAAAAAAAAGACUUCUAUCAUCUCUCAGGCAGUUCUUCAUGUCGCGCUCCCCGCCACCCCAGCCACCUCUCUUAUUGCUCGUUCAGUCUGACGCGAGGUACUUUAGCGGCAUGCUGCCUCCUGGAUGUUCUAUAAAAAACUGUAUUAUAACUCGUUUUUAAUGAGCUGAAGAACAAAUGCCUUACUGCUUCCUGUAGAGUAAAGCGUGCGUCAUUAUUCUAUUGCAGCAGCAGCUAUAAUAAAACGAUGAAUUAGCACUGUGUGAUCGCACCACGUGCAUGCAUACACACAAAGACACACACAAACACACACACCAAACCUUAGUUUGUGUGUGAAAAAACAAAAGACAGUGUUUACACCGAUGCUUACACAUUUUGUUUACAGUGUUUAUUAGCCUAGUUGUCUAUUGAAUUACAAGCUGUAAUGUUAAAGUAUAAUUCUCCAGGUUCAUUUGACCUUGUAAAUUUGUUCAUAACGCAGCAGGAAUAUGAGAUGCAGCAUAAACUCUGACUAUGUGCUCAUAGUGUACCUCUAUAUUGGUUUUUGUUUCUUAUUUAAAAAAAAGAACAAGCAACAAAACAAAUCAACAGAUCAUUUUAAUGCCUGGCUUGCAUCUCCAUUCCAUGUUCAUAGUACAUUUUGUAGAAUAUUUAAAGGAUUUGCUUGAAAAUAGUUUAUUUGUACUGAAAAACGGAAGCAAAUUUGUACAUUCUGAGUAACGUUUUGGAACAGGAAACUUGUUUCUAAUUGUGUUUUGUCUGCAGUGCAGCAGGGGUGUAACUGGAAUUAGACGUUCUUCUCUUCUACUUUCUGUCUCGCGCUCUGUGACGCUUCUUUCGUUAUUGUUUUGCCACACAAAGACUUGAAAUGAUUAAUGCUAAUAUAUACAUGGCAUAUAUAUGAAUUUAUACAUAUAUAUUUUUGUUGUUUCUUUGCCAUAAAUUAAUGUAUAGAUGAAAGAAGAGAGUCCUCUAUAAAGGCUAUUUUUGAAUAUUUUGUUAUAAGAAAUAAUCCAAGGUUGUGAUUGCCCAGUUUCUGUCUGUGGGCAGGAGUCUUUUAAGGAAUUAGUUCUUGUUGUUGUUCAUGACUUGUUUUCUCCCCUGACACUCUAUUGUUGGUGCCAUUUCUGCUCUGUCUAUAGUUGUAAUUGCUGCUGUGUUUUGGGAUAUGACUGUGUGUGUGUGUGUGUAUGUGUAUGUGUGUAUUUUGUGGAAUCAUAUUUGCGAGGUUGGGAUCAACAUCGAUUUUUUAUUUUUUUUAAAUCCCAUUUUGAUGCAGUCUGGGCUCACAGCACAUAAAGCAAGGCUCAGUAGUCAGUGUCAAUAAAAGCCCUUUUUAGUUUGCAGCUCUGAUUGCUCCUGCCUGCAGGAAGCGGGACCCUUGUGGGUCUCUUGCCAUCAGUUUCAUGACACAAGGCGAGUUCAUUCACACUCCGACUGGAUGAUUGAGUGGAUGGAGUUUGCUAUAAUAUCCCAGUCUGUUUGACCUGGACAGAACAACAAUCCCUGCCAUGAUGCCAUGUCUGGUAUCGUCUCCCUGCCCUUCUCUUAGCCUUGUCAACUCAGCAAGACUUUCUCUCAAACCUUUCUCCUCACUGCACUCGUCUGAUGAUUCCACUGUAUCCACUGUGACCUUAGUCCCUUUUUUUCCUUUUCGAAAAUAAUCUCAAUAGUAGAAACUUUGAAACAGACUGAGAGUCAGAAACUGACAAUUCCACUUUUUUUUUUUUUUUUUUGCACAACUGUAUUCCUCAGAUUCUUAACCAUACAUCAGUAUUAAUCUUCUGCAUGGAUGAUUUAGAAAAUAGCUGCAUAGAGGAGCUGACGCAGAUGUUACAAAUGGCACGGAUCUUAUUUAGAAGUUUUGCUUUCAAACAUUUAAUUGAGAGCUAAGAUUUGUUUUUGUUUUUCCCCAUAAGAAUUUUGUACAGAAUUUUAGAAUGAAACUCUCGGCACAGAGUUAUUUUAUUCCUCACGAGCUAAAUAAGCACUCCAAGAAAUGAUGCUACAAUGUUUUUUUUUUGUUUUUUUCUUUUGAGGGCUAAAUUUCAUUGAGCAAACCCCCUCUCCUCCUACUCUGCAUACAGUAGGUAUGUUUUCAUGGAGGAUCUGGCAGUGAGCAGCUCUUGACACUGUGAACGUAACAUGUCGGCGUUUUUUUAACAGCAGAAAACCAGAGAGGGUAAGUUUCACCUCUCUCACAGCUUGAGGAAUAUAUCUGUCAAAUUGUAAUUUAGCCUCCCUGUCCCAUGUCCUGCCAUGUUAUCUGGAAUGCAAUAAGAGAGAUGUGAAUGUGUUUUAUGUAGACAUCUUUUGGCAUUACAGCAGAAAUGCACAACAAUAAGCUUAAAUGUGGUGAGUGUGCUGCACAAUCUGUACAAAGAGGUAUUAACUUGGUCUGUGGCUUAAGUUUGCUUUCGUCUCACACUUCUCAUAGCUAUUGUAACUUAUGUCUUUUAGAAAGACAACAUGAUUUUGCUCGUACGCUUUUUAUGUAUUUUUUACGAGUGAUUGUAAAUAGUUGUUAUAUUUUUGUUUAAGAGAAUGUUUAAAAAGGAAAAAAAACCUUUUAUUUCUCCAAGUCUACUGAUAUGAAUUUGGACAAUGAAUAAAAUGUUAAGCAGAAA